GAACCCUAUGGGAAAAUAGCCCAGCUCUAAACAGGGCCCGACUUUUGGGAUCAUUUUGCCGGUCAGGGCUAGACCCUUCCUGAGACUUUGGUUGGUUCACGAAAGAACAGAAAGAAAACGAGAGAUACUGAUGACAAGAGCUUCUCCUUAACUGAGCCCACGAGUGAAGAGUAGACGGAAGAGCUCGUGCCCACGAACAAGUAGAAGAUGUUUGAGUUAACCAGAGGCUGAAACCAUGCUUAGCCGAUAUGAGUUCCAGGAAUCUACUUCGCAGGCCAACUCAUCAUCAUCACCGGAUACCUCAAGCAGUUCGGGCAGCACUUCAGUUACCACAACAAUCUUCUCAACCAUUUCAACCAAAGGGUGCUUCCGUUUUAGCUACAAAUCUCAUCAAGUCUUAUUGCGAGAUUGGUUUAGUCAAAGAAGCACGUGAGAUGUUCGACGAAAUGCCUGUGAGGGAUGUGGUUUCUUGGACGGCUCUAAUUUCUGGUUAUGUAUCUUGCAAUCAAAAUUCCAGAGCAUGGUCGAUGUUCUGUGACAUGGUGAGAGAUGGUCGAAACCGGCCAAAUGCGUUUACAUUUUCAAGUGUCUUGAAAGCUUGUAAAGGCUUAGGUUCACUCUCUUCUGGUGCUCUUGUUCAUGGACUGUCAAUUAAACAUGGGUUAGAUGGUGGGUUAUAUGUUAGUAAUGCUCUAAUUGACAUGUAUGCUUCUUGUUCUGUUUCCAUGCAUGAUGCAUCUAUGGUAUUCGAAGACAUUGGUCAAAGAACUGCUGUCUCAUGGACUACCUUCAUUGCUGGAUAUACUCAUCGCGGUGAUGGUUAUGGUGGAAUACAAACUUUCAAGAGAAUGUUAUCGGAGGAAGUUAUGCCAUGUUCAUUUUCCCUAUCGAUAACGGUUAGAGCUUGUGCUUCAAUUAGCUCUCCGACGUGUGGGAAACAAAUUCACGCCGAAGUGAUCAAAUGUGGGUUUGAAUCUGAUAUACCCGUUAUGAAUUCUCUAUUAGAUAUGUAUUGUAGGUGCAAUUAUCUAGUGGAAGCAAAUCAAUGUUUUAACGAGACAAAUCCAAGAGAUUUGAUCACAUGGAAUACAUUGAUUGCAGGAUAUGAGAAAUCCGACUCAACCGAAUCCCUCCAUAUAUUCUCGCAAAUGGAAUCUUCCGGUUUCAGCCCAAAUUGCUUCACAUUCACCAGCAUUGUAGCCGCUUGUGCAAACCUAACUGUUUUGAGCUUCGGACAACAAGUACACGGAUCUAUCCAUAGAAAAGGUUUCGAAAGAAACUUAAUAUUAGCUAAUGCUUUGAUAGACAUGUAUGCCAAAUGUGGAAACAUUUCAGAUUCAUAUAAAGUAUUCACCAUGAUGGGCGAAAGAAAUUUGGUUUCUUGGACUUCUAUGAUGAUUGGAUAUGGCAGCCAUGGAUAUGGAACCGAAGCUGUUGAUUUGUUUAACCAGAUGGUCGAAUCUGGUGUAAGGCCUGAUAGGAUUGUGUUUAUCGCGGUUUUGGGUGCUUGUAGUCAUGCGGGGCUUGUAAAUGAAGGAUUAACUUGUUUUAAUAAGAUGGUUUCUGAAUAUAAAUUGGCCCCUGAUCAAGAAAUUUACGGUUGUGUUGUUGAUCUUUUGGGACGUGCAGGGAAAGUUAUGGAAGCUUAUGGUUUUAUUGAGAAUAUGCCUUUUACAGCGGAUGAGUCUGUUUGGGGAGCGUUUCUUGGAGCUUGUAGAGAACAUAGGAUUCCUAAUAUAGAGAAAUUGGUUGGUAGGAGGAUAAUGGCUAUGAAGCCUAAUAUUCCGACAACUUAUCUUACACUUUCGAAUAUUUACGCAGCAGAAGGGAAGUGGGGAGAGUUUGCGAAAAUUAGGAAAUUGAUGAGAGGAAUGAGACGAAGGAAACAGGCUGGAACGAGUUGGGUUGAGGUGCAAAACGAGGUUAGGAGUUUUGUAGUGGGAAAUAAUGUGGGUACGGAUAUGGAACCUAUUCAUCUUUCUUUGAAUAUGCUUGUCGAUCAUAUGAAAGAUGAUGCCACUGAUCUUGAUGGAAUUGCGGAAUCAUGAUUUCAGGUGAAUUGAGAAACUUGGGAAUGAAUGAGCAAAUGGACAAGAUUUUCUUCUUAUUUUCCUACAACAUGUAGCUAAUGAUAAUUUUGUUUGUCUCUACUGUUCAACAAGAAAAUUCAAUGUAAUUUGCAACUUUUUGUUU